AUCUUCACUAGGAAAAGGAAGAUGGAGUGCAACCUCAACAUUUCGAUGGAUGGGGUGCCUCUUUCUGCAAGCGGAAGUGUCAAGUACUUGGGUGUAUGGUUGGACUCUAAGUUGACCUUCCAGGAACAUAUAAGAUCAAGGACCAGGUCGGCCUUUGGAGCUCUGUGGGCGUGCCGGAGAGCGGUAGGGGGCACUUGGGGCCUGGGGCCGAAGAUCAUGCAGUGGAUCUACGGUACCAUGGUGGUGCCUAUGCUCACGCAUGGGGCAGUGGCAUGGUGGCCGGGGACCAGAAGAGCGGGAGCAAGGCUAGUUCUUGACAGACUGCAGAGAUUGGCUUGCCUCUGCAUAACGGGCGCCAUGAGAACGGCGCCCACGAGGGCCCUGGAGGCUCUGGUGGGGCUGCCCUCUCUGGCGGAUCGGGUGCAGAUGGAGGCGGCCAGGACAGCUGUGAGGCUGGCGAGCUGCGGGCUCUGGAGGGAGGGAACCCUCAAUCGGGGUCCGUACGACAUUUUAGAGGGCUGUCGCGGGGAUCGCGGGGUCAUGGGCAUGCCGAGUGACGUCAUGAUCCCCGAGAUGACCUUCUUUGAUAAAUUGACCUUUCUCUUUCCAUCAAGGGAAGAUUGGAGAGAGGGCAGAGUCGGCUCCUGGGAUGGACUUGUCUGGUACACGGACGGGUCCAGAAUGGGAGAUCUGGCCGGAGCUGGAGCGUACUGCGAGACAACGGGAUCAAGCUUGUCGGUCCCUCUGGGUCAGUACUGCACUGUGUUUCAGGCGGAAAUUUUCGCUUUAUUGAUGGCGGCCAGAGAGGUGCUUCGGCUCAACUACGGAAGCAGGAGAGUCUUCUUCUGCUCGGAUAGUAGGGCUGCACUCAUGGCGCUGAAGUCAUGCAAAGGGGUACUGAGGAGGGUGGCUGAGGAGAGAAAGGUCACGUUGGUCUGGGUCCCGGGUCACACCGGUGUCCGGGGCAAUGAGGCAGCGGACGCCUUAGCCAGGGAGGGCUCCUCGCAUAGGCAUAUAGGGCCAGAGCCCCGCUUGGGGAUCGCCCCGUGUGUGAGGCGGGGAGCUCUCGAAGCCUGGGCGAGAGACCGGGCCGCGGGGGGCUGGAGAGUUGCUCCGGGAAUGAGGCAGGCGAGGCUUAUGAUGGAUGGGCCCGCCCUUCCUCGCACCAGGGAGCUGCUUAGACUGACCAGGAGGGAGUGUAGAGCACUAACAGGGGCCUACACAGGACAUUGCAGGCUUAGGAGGCAUCUCUGCUUGCUAGGCAUUGGAGACGACCCGGAGUGUAGGUGGUGCAUGGAAGGGGAGGAGACCCCGUAUCAUCUGCUCACCGAGUGCCCUGCCUUGACAUGGGCAAGAUUGGGAGUCUUCGGAACGGCCCUGAUCGAUCCGGACUCAGUGCACGGUAUUGGGCUAAAGGAGUUGCUGACCUUCUACAGGAGGGGCGGCAUUCUGGACGCCCUCUAGAGCGGCCUGGGGGCACA